UAAAGCAAAUACUGCCAUCCGCACAGCUCAUUCAAUAUAUAUUUUUGGUUUCCGCUCUUUUCUUCUGUUUUUUUCUUUCAUGUUUGGUUGCUGUGCCCCGCCGCUUUUUCGGCUAAGAACAUUUAGCACAGCAAACUGAAACUAAAUUUAGCCAGCACGCCGUCGACAGCGAUGAGAACUUACAAAAUCUGUCGCCAACUGCAGGCAAACUUUGCGGCCGCGUAGCAGCAGGAAAUGUCCCACGACUAUCAAUAGCCAAUCCAUAACCGAUCCGAUCCGAGCCGAACCGAAUCGAACCCAAAGCCCAGCACCUGGAACCCAGAACCUGGAACCACUUGGAAUCCACCGAGUCGGCAGCCAAACGGGAGCCGCAGGGGAGAAUCCGCACCAGAGUUCCUAUGCAGCUAUAUCGGCGGAGUUUAAAUGAAAUUGAGCAAGAGCCUGGCAAACUGUCGCGCCAUCCGGCGCUAUUUGCUCAUCUUCACGGCCGUGUCCCUGCUGCUCCUGCCCCUCUCCCUGGCCUACCUGGUGUGGAACGAGCAGCUGCAGAAGAUCCGAGGAUUCGAGCAGCAAUCGCCGCAGCAGCCGCAGCAGCAACAGCAGCAGCCGCAGGAGCAGCAGCAGCAGCAGCCACCGCAGCAGCAUGGCCAGUUUCCGUAUCCGGUGGUCCGGUAUCCGGUGCUGCUGCUGAACAAGAACAAGAACAAGGACCUGACCGUCGUGGCAACGGGCAAGACCAAGAACAAGUGGCGCUAUGUUGAUAAAGACAGCAACCAGACACUCCUGCCCCUCAUCCCCGAGUAUGCCGUGCAGACACUCACGCCACAGGAAAUGCUCCAGGUGGAGCAGCGGAUGGACCAGCGCAGGGAGCGGCUGAAGGACAAGUGCUCCGCCUACGGCCUGGAUGUCCUGGGUCACGACGCGUGGCACACGCCGAACACGUGGGAAUUUUUGGUCAACAAAAAGUAUCACAUUAUCUGGUGCAAUGUCUUUAAGGCUGCCUCCUCGUCCUGGAUGUUCAACUUCAACGUCCUGGCCGGCUACUCACCCAGCUAUCUGCGCAAAACCAAGAAGAUUCUCCUCAAUCUGGCCAGGGAGCGCUAUCCCAGGGUGACCCUCGACGAGCUGCGUGAGGCGCAGAACUACUCGCUGACCUUUAUCAUCGCACGCGAUCCCUUCGAGCGGCUGUUGAGUGCCUAUCGGGACAAGAUGGUGUUCGCCCUGCCCUACUCCUUCCACGAUAAGUUGGGUCGCAGCAUUGUGCGCAACUACCGCAAGAAGCCCUCGCUGGCUGCCCGAGCGGCCAACACAAAGUUCCCGUCGUUCCCGGAAUUCGUGCACUGGCUGCUCGACCAGGUGAAGCGCGGCAGCUUCAUCGACAUGCACUUCGUGGCGGCCACCUCCUUCUGCACACCCUGCCUCAUCCGGUUCGACAUGAUACUGAAGUUCGAGUCGCUGGCGGAGGAUCAAUUAUAUCUAAUCGAAAAGACUGGCCUCAAGCGGGUGAUAGCGCCCGUGUGGCGCAACAUGGGCAAGGGCCGCAAGACGCACGAGCUCCAGCAGCAGUUCUACGGGCAGCUGACGCGCCAGGAAAUGCUGGAGCUCUACGAGUAUUACAAAUACGACUUUGAGCUGUUCGACUACGAUAUCCAGGAGUAUCUGCAGGUUGCCCGGCCGGAUGAGGCCGAGAGUCCGGCGGGCACAAAGAAUUAAACUAGCUCUGAAUUCUUAGACUUUGCUAAAAACCAAUGAAUCAAGUUCAACGAACUCACAUAUUAGCCGUCACAGUACGUAAUUGCAAAUGUUGAUAAUACUGAAGAAAACAAUAAUAAACUUAGCUAUAUUUAAACGAAA